GCUCCUCCUCAGGCUGCGCGGACGCGCCGCCAUCUUGGGCGGCCGCCGGAGUCCCCGCCCGUGCCCCCCGCUCGCUGCUAUCCCCCUUGGGUGCAAAGAGGCCGCUCGACCCCCGGCAGCCGCUGCUCCUUCACCCGGUGGCGUUUCGGGGCUGACCCGGCGGCAGGAAGCACCCGCGGCUCCUCCCUGUGCCCUCCCGCUCCUCCUCCUCGCCCAUGUCCAUUCCAAGAUGGCCGGGAUCCCUUUGUAUUUUGUGGAUUUGCAGGAUGACUUAGAUGAUUUUGGCUUUGAAGAUUAUGGACCAGACUGUGAUAGCAUGAGGAUAACAGCAUUCUUGGAUAUUCCUGGACAGGAUAACUUAACUCCACUGGCUCGUCUAGAGAAAUAUGCCUUCAGUGAUAAUGUAUUUAACAGGCAAAUUAUUGCCAGGGGUCUUCUGGAUGUCUUUCGAGAUUUCAGCAACAAUGAAGAAGACUUUCUGACAGUAAUGGAAAUAGUGGUCAGGCUCUCUGAAGAUGCAGAGCCAACUGUUCGCACAGAGCUGAUGGAACAAAUACCUCCUAUUGCCAUUUUUCUACAAGAAAGUCGACCAAAAUUCCCAACAGCAUUUUUUGAAUACCUUAUGCCCAUAGUAGUGAGGUAUCUCACAGAUGUUAACAAUCAGGUCAGAAAGGCAGGCCAGGAAGCACUGCUGAUACUGCUGGAACAAGACCUUGUGGCUCAGAGUGACAUUGAAAAUAAGGUGUGUCCAAUUCUGCUGGACCUCUCUGCUCCUGACAGUGAUGAUGAGUACAAGGUGGAAGCUGUCAAUAUAAUCUGCAAAAUGGCUUCUAUGUUGAGCAGAACAACAGUUGAGCACAUGCUGCUUCCUCGUUUCUGUGAACUGUGCAGUGAUGGGAAAUUGUUUCAAGUCCGAAAGAUUUGUGCAGCUAAUUUUGGUGACAUUUGUAAUGCAGUUGGGCAAGAAGCCACAGAAAGACUGCUGAUUCCCAAGUUCUUUGAGCUGUGUUCUGAUAGUGUGUGGGGAAUGAGGAAGGCCUGUGCUGAGUGCUUUAUGGCAGUGUCUUACACCACGUCCCCAGAAGUUCGCAGGAGCAAACUGUCCCCACUUUUCAUCAGCCUGAUCAGUGACACCUGCAGAUGGGUUCGUCAGGCUGCUUUUCAAUCUCUUGGCCCAUUCAUUUCUACCUUUGCAAACCCUUCAAGUGCUGGUCUUUACAUUCGAGAAGAUGGGACACUGAGUAUCCGACCAUCAGCACAAGAUGUGAAUUCAAACUCCUGUCAGCCAAGUGACAAUAUCACUGUGAUGUCUUCCAGUGCAAAUGCUGCAUUGUCCAGCUCAGAACAACCAAUGGAAAUUAAACCGGAAUCAUCAACUGAGGAGACCUCAGCAGAAGUUCAUACAAAGCUCUCUGAGGACCUAAAUAAAGAUCCACGGGAAGAAAGUUCAGAUUGUUGUGCCAGCCCUGGAGAAGAAUCCUCUCGCGUGUGUCAGGGUGACAAAGCUGCUGCUGGUGUCACUGAAGCCACGAAGGAGAGCAGUUUUCCAGAGCUGAGCUCAAGGCUGCCGUCUGCCGAGGACGUGUUUAACACGUUCCUGUACUGGCGCCCUCCUCUGCCCGACAUAAGUCAAGACCUGGAGCUGCUGCAGUUCAAGGCUGAGAAGCACAACGACGCCUGCUCUGUGCCAUGUAGUAACUGUGUUGCUAGCAGUGAAAUAAAAAAGGUUCUAGAAAGCUUACAGGAGCACAUAGAUGAUCCAGAUGUUCAAGCUCAGGUCCAAGUGUUGUCUGCUGCUCUCAGAGCUGCUCAGUUUGAUUCUGUUGGUGACUGUGAGACCAAAAAAAUGGAAGAAAGUAGUGACAAUCUUCAGAACAAAAUGAUUUUGGAUGAAACAGCUAUUUCGGAUGCUGCCUGCAACCAGGUGCAGGGGGACACUCUUUCAUCCCCUGCCUCCCAGGAUGACAUCAGUGACCAGUCAAGUACCAGCGUGCUGAAAAGUAUGGACUCGGAGGAGCAACACAGAGGAACCAGUGUAUUUUUGAGGGACAUCAUCCCUCAGCCUUUACUGGACCAGUACCUGUCCAUGACUGACCCUGCUCGGGCCCAGACUGUUGACACUGAGAUUGCCAAGCACUGUGCCUACAGCCUGCCCGGGGUGGCCCUGACUCUGGGCAGGCAGAACUGGCACUGCCUCAAGGACACCUAUGAGACACUGGCUUCAGAUGUACAGUGGAAGGUGCGGCGCACUCUGGCUUUCUCCAUCCACGAGCUGGCUGUGAUCCUGGGGGAUCAGUUAACAGCUGCUGAUCUGGUGCCAAUUUUCAAUGGGUUCUUGAAAGACCUGGAUGAAGUGCGUAUUGGUGUCCUCAAACAUCUGUAUGACUUUCUAAAGCUACUUCAUGCAGACAAAAGGCGAGAGUAUCUUUACCAGCUGCAAGAAUUUGUGGUGACUGAUAACAGCAGGAACUGGAGGUUUCGUUACGAGCUGGCAGAGCAGCUGAUCCUGAUCCUGGAGCUCUACAAUCCCAAUGAUGUCUAUGACUACUUAAGGCACAUUGCACUAACUCUGUGCUCCGAUAAAGUUUCUGAAGUUCGGUGGAUCUCCUUCAAACUGGUUGUAGCAAUACUACAGAAGUUCUAUGCAAACAGUGCCAGUGCCCUGGGAUUAAAUUUCAUCAAUGAGCUCGUAGUGCGGUUUCGCCACUGCUCCAAGUGGGUCGGGAGACAAGCCUUUGCCUUCAUUUGUCAGGCUGUAGUAGAAGAGGAGUGCAUGCCUGUGGACCAGUUUGUUGAACACUUACUCCCCAGCCUUCUAAGUCUUGCAUCAGAUCCUGUGCCAAACGUCAGGGUCCUGCUGGCCAAGGCUCUCAGGCAGACCUUGCUGGAGAAAGCUUAUUUUAAAAGUGUUGGCAAUCCUCAUCUAGAAGCUGCAGAAGAAACCAUUCUAGCCCUGCAAUCUGAUAGAGAUCAAGAUGUGUCGUUCUUUGCCACCAUAAAACUGAAACAGAAUAACAUGGACAGUAUCACCAUUGAAAAACAAAACUAAGGGGUUUUUCUGUAGUGAAGGCUGAACAGCAGGACAGUUUUUCACCUUGUUUCUGUUAGUGUGAGUAAUGAGGACAGAUAAGGUGGGUUUUGUUACCUAUUUGAGCAGAAAAGGGGGUGUUGAGAAAUGUUAGUCUUCAUUUCAUGACCUUGUUUCAUCUACAGCGGUGUAUUUGAUUCCUGUGAAUAAUUCCUUCCUUUUGGUUUUCCCUUUGUAAAUGGAGACGAUAACUCUGACCUCACCUGCACAUUUAGUAUUGUCUGUGAAGUCUUACACCACACUCAGUGUUUCAGCAUAAUUGGAAUUUACAUUUCAUUUUUUAAACAAAAUAUUUCCGUUAGUACAAGUUUGCUAUAAGCUUAAAACAGUUGCUAAAUCUUAAAACAUAAUUAUAGCAAACUUUCCUGAAGCUGUUCUUUCCUCACUUUUAUUAUGAUCUUUGUACUGUACCACUUAUUGCAUUUAUUUGAAAAAAAGUGUAUAUAUGUGAAUAGUCUUGAAUUGUAACAAAAAAUUAUGAAGAACUUAAUUCUGUAUCAGUGGGAAAAGCUCAAAAAUUAUUUCAUUUUUGAAAGUAGUUACACUGCUAGAAUUAAGCAUGGAUCAUUUUUGUGUGUAAUAUUUUUCAAAGCACAGAGAGCUCAAGGUUCUUUGUAUAUUGUGAGGUUUCUAUUAAUUUGUUCCUUCUGAACUAUGCCCUUACAGUGUUAACAGGUCAUAAUAGCAACAUUUCUGACUGCCCUUACAGGUGUUCACAGGUCAGUUUUUGUUGCUGCUGCCUCGCCCUGGAGCAGGUAGAGUGGAGAUUUCCUAAGCGAAAAAUUCCUUGUUCUGCCCCAGCAAAGGUCACUUGAGUUGAGAGGUUCAAUUCUGCGACAGGAGCUGGAGCUGUUCAAGGGUAUUACAGAGAGUUACAGGCUUGAGCCUUUGUUUGUUUUACAUGCACACCUCAUUUAACCAACACCUUGUAACCUGCCCAGUGGUUAAACCCCAAACAGCUUUUCCUAAGAAACAAAGGAGCUCUAAAUUCUGCAAAACCUUCAGUGCAGAAAUGUUCCAGGGAAAGGUGGUGCCACAGUUUGCUCUGCAGCCUCUGUGGGUUGUAGUGCAAGGUUUGGGGCAAAUCCCAAGUGAGACAUGUAAGGUGAAAUGGGAUGUCUCCAGUCUGUUACAACAGGGGCUUGGAAGAAAGAGCAGAAUUGUUAGUCAGAUUGAGUAACCUCAGAAAAAUUGUAAAGCUUAUACUUCUUAUGAACUCUGUCUUCCGUUGGAUCCCAAAUCUGCAAUAAUGUGGGUCCUGGAAAAAAGAAAAUUUUUUUUUUUUUAUUGUGGAUUGAAACUUUGUUCUGCUCAAAAACUAAUGUUUAAAUACUAAAGAAAUGGUUUCAUGUGAUAACAGUUACUUUCUUUCUGAGGGCAGAGUCCUUUCUCCUCAGCAGACCUGUGUAAAUACUUGUCCUUAUUUCAUGUUCCAUAGUAAGUAGUUCACAUGGGGGAAGGUUUUUACAGAAAUACCUGUUUUGGUUUUGUUUGAAUGUGGCUUGUCUGCAAGACAGUGAGUAGGUUCCUCAGCUGGGUUCUGUAUUUUGGGAGGGCUCACUUUUGUAUGAGUUAAGCAGUCAUGUAUUAUAAUAUGUACAGUAUUUGUAACAAAUUGUUUUCUUGUAAGAUCACAAAAUGCUCUUUGGACGUUGCAGGCAGAAAUAUACCAGUGCUACUGCAGCGAACAGUGUAAACUCUGCAGCAUUCUACAUUUAAUUUUUUACAGUUUUUUUUAUAAUUUAAAACAAAUGCUUCUUCAGUACAGAUUUUUUAUGAUUGCAAUUUCUUAAAGAAAAGACACCUCAAGUUAAUUUUUUCUAGUUCUAAUAUCUUUUUCUAAUGCUGGCAUUAUACUGAUAUUUUCUAACAGUUCAGAUUUUCUAAGACCUUUCUGACAAGGUUUCACUUCUGUUUUUUAUUAUCAGUUCAUUAAAUUUCUCUGCACUGAACAGAUUUUUUUAAGUGUGUGUAUAUGUAAGUAUGUCUGAAAUAUACUGUAUAUAAAUUAAAUACCUUGAACAUUAACCCAACCCAGGUUGCUGUUUGUCAGAUCACCUUUAGUAGUUACCUUGACUUGCAAUAAUCCACUGGAAAACACAAGCUUCCAUAGGCUUUAGCAUGUUUGGUUCAUGUUCAGUAGGAGUUUUUAACUAGGAUGUGUGUAAAGGGUAAGCCACCAGCUAUAAAAGUUCACUAAAAGGCUGAACAAAGUUCUUUGUUUUUUAACAAUAUUUUGGUACCUCUCUGGCUCCCAGAUUCAGGUGGAUUUUGAAUGAGGCGAUUUCAGUCAAGUGUUUAAAACCUCCUGUUACAACUCCACAGUUGCAUGUCCUAAUGGGGGCCAGCGUAGUUCUGGGGUGGGAUUUUUGUAGACAAUGUGCAGGUCUGUUACCCAGAUUUACCCUCUGCAAGUUUGUCUUUUUGGUUUAGUUUUAAACUAGAAAUUGUUUCAGCAUGACUAAAGGCCGCACUUUACGUCUUGUCCUAGACAAAUGUAUGCAAUGAGUGUGUUCACGUGCAGUUCUCUGGGUUGUUUAAAUUAUGCAAAAAUAUGUAUUUAAAAAGCCAGGUGGAGCAAAGUUAAGUAGUCCAUCCACUUUCACAGCAGCAGAAAGAAUAUCACUUUUCAGCAUGUCUAGUUAAGGAACAUGACAGUAACAGUAGUUGGUGCAAUAUUGCUGGGAUGCUGUAGGGAAUGAUCCAGCACCUGUAAUCCAAAGCAUGUUGGUCAUGUUGCUUAGGUCUGAGCCUCACUGGUGGCCUUGGUGGGAUGAGCACGUGGCAGCUGUGUCAGUACACGGUGGUGUUUAGAGCCCAGUUAAGUGGGGACACUCUGGAAGUGUCAUUCAUUUGUCAGAAUAAAGAAUCUAUGUAACUUUCUAUUUGUAUUUAUCUCAAUAAAUCCUGUGACUGUUUUAUAAACCAA